GACUAUGCUCGUUUAUCCCAGCUUUCCCAGCAUCUCGGCUCAUCUUUUCUUUUCUUCGCGACAUCGCUCGCGGUCUCGUCGCGUCUCUCUCUCCAGUCUCUACCCUAAAAGUCGACGAGUGUUUAGAGGAGGUUCGUGAACAGACGCGGCUAGAGCCACUAUUAACGUGCCGCGCGAGUCGCACGUUCGCGUAUAAGGUAGAUGCUCACGCAUUUGCGAAUCGGGGAUGGAUGGCGUGCGUGCUCUACAUCCGUGACACGGUUCUCGCGGGCGGGCAGGUCGGGUGGGUAAUGGUCCAUCGGAACUACAGGGGCUCGCGUGUUCCGUGCGGCUGUUUAUGAAUCGCGCCGUCGUACGUACACGGGCCGUACGUGCCGCGUUCACCUACACACAAGGACGCGCGAGCGAUGAGCCCGCUACUCGUUUGCGCGUUUACGACACGGUGUACGGUGCACCGUGCAUCGCUGGGAACCAGUUUGCACGCACACAGGAGGACGGCGACAACGCCGUUCUCCUCCCCCUCGGAAGAAGUACGCUGUCGUGUGCGCGCACCUGAUGGGAAAAAAAAACCCGUUUGCGAGCAAAGGACGGCGAGCUUCAACUUCGGUUUGAAUUUCUCUUACGCGCUUGCAAAGUAAUGAUGAGCGACUCGUCCCACCACCAGGGACCAUCCGGGCCCACUUUGAGGCAGGCCCAGCGCGACGACCGCUCUCAAAGCCGUAUUAAAGGCAAAAGUGGGCACCACCACCAUUCGUCCAUAGCCAUCGCCACCCGCCAUCCGCCGUCAUCAUCGUCUCGCAGGAGGCCGCUAUAUACUUCCCGCGGGAGGUGGUGGGUUGGCUCGCGACGACAUUGUGCACACUUCGGUGUCUACUAAGGCGGAGAUCUACGUAUAUAAACUCGUCGGGGCGAGACGCGAGUUCAGAAGUCUUGUGCUACUCCUCGAUCCACGUACCGGAAUUGGCAGGACUCUUCGCGAUAUCGACCAGCUGAUCGAGGGGAAGGGCCGCCACUUUGCCGCCGCCCGCGCAUCUUCAUCCCUUUCUCGCGCUUCUGCACCUUUCACGGCUUUCCGCCCUACAAAAAAGCACCAUGAAGACGACUUUCAUACUGAUGCUGCUUGGCCUCGGUGUCUGUUUGGCUAACCCCCUGGAGAAGAAGGAAAAAAUAAGCGUCGUUGAGCAGCAGUCCGUGACGUUAACAGAUCGAGCUAAAUACGAGGAGGAGCUUCUUCGUAAACUCAACUCGAAAUGCUCCCAGAACGACAUCAGCAGCUGCGUGAUGUUGAAGUUGGUGACGUACAUGAACAAAUUGUUGAAGAAGGCUUCGAUCGAGCUCACGGACGACAUCGAGAUUAGGAAGACGAGCCAGACGUCGGAGGAUGUGAUCACGUUCGAGGCCGGCAGAAGCAAGGACGAUGAGCUUCAGAUACUCGAUCUAGUCGCGAAUAAAGUUUACGCUUUCAUCAAAUCGAGAAGUAUCAAAUGGAGGAUUCUACCCGAAGAUGACAUCGUCGUGUCCGCGUCGGAAGACGGGACCGGCUCGCUAAACUUGGGUCUGUCUAUUGAGCGCGCCGACAGACCCGUUCAAGACGGUCGUGGGAAGAAGAACAAUAUGGGCCCAUUGAUCGCCGCGGCCGUCUUAAAGAUUGGUCUCAUCGGCGGUCUCGCGUUCAAGGCUCUCGCCCUCUUGGUCGGCAAGGCUCUUCUCCUGUCGAAGAUCGCGCUUCUAUUGGCUAGUAUCAUAGGCCUGAAGAAACUCUUCUCGCAAGGAAAGCACGUGACCUAUGAGGUAGUAGCGCAUCCUCACCACAGCUCGAGUCAUUCACUCGACCAUGGCGGUCACGAUAGUUACUCUAGCGGUUGGGCGAGGAGCUUCCACGAACAAACGUCGAUUCCUGGACAGCCAGACGCCCACGAGCUGGCUUAUGCGGCGCACGUAAAGUGAUUGAUUCCUACCGUUCGAAGAAGGAUCCAAUAAUCGCCGAGAUCGACAUUCGAGGCGGCAAGUGCGACGUUCUUGGAUCCGUACCAAACGUAUUCUUCAGAAUUAUCCCUAGGCUUACUCUCUCUACAGAAUAUUUAUUUCUAUUCAUAAUUAUCCAUUGUACUUCGUCCUCUUUCCUCUCUCAUUUCUCUUACCGUCCACAUUGUGGUCCUCUUCAAGUCUCCCUUUUUCGUUGAUACUAUUAUACCUGAAUUGCCGAACGACUGCACGACGCAUGAAUACGUCAAUGACGCACAGCGACGCACGUGUUUAUGACAACGGCGACAUCAGGAUGUCACACGACGAUUUACGAAUACGUAGGCAGGUGGGCAGGAGACUCUUGGAUGCGUACGCAUGGGGGAUACGCGUCGCAAGAAUCUCACCUACUUUCGUGACGCUACUUGCGAAUAUAAUCGCGGAUACUGCGAGACUCUCGUCAUUAGGACAUCAAAUUAUGUACGAGCGUUAUAUUCUUCUCGCUUCUCACAUUACAGUAUUUAGAUCUGUGAUAUCUCGAGAGCUUAGAAUUACAUGCAUCAAACGUUAAAUGUGAUUACUCCACUUCUCGUUUGUCUUCUCGCCGUAUAUUUAACGCUAGACACAACAUCAUUUCAUAUUGAAUGGAAAGCCUUCUAGAUUAAAUUCAGAAGCAAGACUAUGAUUAUACUUGACGUUAAAUGUGCGGUUAAACGAAGAUGAGAGAAUCUUUUAUUGUCAUUGCUCAUUCGACAACUAUUAUUCUCAUUUAUUUUUAUAUCUAUAAGAAUAUUUUAUUAAAUUUA